AAAGAUGGGCUCUGUGUAAUCGCCCCUUUCUUCUCGUCUAGUCUAAGUACUUCUUGUCCCCUCCGCUGACAGCGUGCUCUUCUCUUCUUCUCCGCCGUCGAGAAGAACAAUGAAGCGGUCCAUACUAAACCAAGUCCCAGGCGUCGACAGGAUGUUCACCACUCCGUGUCCAUCGUAACCUUGACUGCUUUUACAUGAUUCUGCAUGCCAUUGCGCAUACGCAGCGUCCAGCUGUCCUCGACCCAGCUCCCGAUUGUUCUUCACCACACGGCCCGGCACGGUCUGCCCUUGUCCGUUACCAUUGGUCCACCGCUCCUCUGAGCUCCAGACACGCAGCCAUUCCACGCUCCGCGACGGCGCGCUGGCCACCGAGUAUACAUUCAGCCUCCUAGCCGUCUGUGCAGGAUGGAGCCCAAUUCGGAUCGCCGCCAUGGCACGUUGCCGUUUCCACAGGCCGUCGUCCUGCUGCUGACCCGUCUUGUCAGUGCUUCGAAUGGAGAAGCUACGGCCUCGUCUUACACCGCACGUCCAAGUGUCUCCCAUAGCGACCAUAUAAGUACUAGCUUCGGUGCUAUUUGGAGGCGGCUGGUCUCCCUUCAGGCCAAAGGGCUAGCUGGAGACUACCGGUAUAUUGUUGUGGGCAUGGGCUUGACAGCAGCUUGCUGCAUCGCAUCCGGACUCCUCUUCAAAUGGACCAAGUCAAAAGACCUGAAGGGGAUCCAUGCCGGUGCUGAGAAACAUGACGACAUCUUCGGCGACGAUGCCCGCUCCACAGACCCCGGCUUGCUCAAGAAGCACUCUACAUUCCGUUCCUACUCCGUGCCGUCGACAGGCUUCGCCUAUCCCGUGAUCCGCACCUUCUACCGUCCUCAUCAGCAAGAAGACAAGCUCCCAAAGACACCGAGGCCCAUACCGCUACUGGUCUUUGUCCACGGCCUCGGGGGAUCAAGCGCACAAUUCCACUCCCUUCUCAUAAGCCUGGCCAAUGUUGCUCCCACCCUUGCAAUCGAUCUCCCGGGAUGCGGUCAAUCUCGCUUCGAGCCUCGAGAUUGGGCUGCCUAUACAAUCGAUGCUCUGGUUCACCUCCUUGCUGUAGCCAUUGAAGCACACCGAGAUCGAGAGGCGAAUCAAGGGGUAGUCCUCAUUGCCCAUAGUAUGGGAUGCUCCUUGUCCGCCCUUCUAGCUUCACCAACCUCGCGGCACGCUGCACUCCUUUCCCGCCAUGUCGUUGGGUUCGUCGCUCUCUGUCCCCAAGCGGAACCGCUCGAUGAAAAGCACGCCGAGAUGGCCAGGAAAGCGUGCUCCCUUCCUGCACCAAUAUUCAACCUAUUCCGCAAAUGGGAUCGCCGCGGAGGCAUCAACAGCACCAGCGUAUUGCGCAUGACGGGACCAGAUGCGGAUAAGGAGACAAGGAAGCUGCAACUCCGCUUCAAUAGGCAGAGUCGGACUCCGGUGUGGCAGCGUAUGAUGUACGGUACUCUACCAGACCCCAAAACAGGAAAAGGAGGGCUUCCUGGCAGGGAUGUCUGGGCCGGAUUAGACCUGCCUGUGUACCUUGUGGCCGGCGCCGCAGAUACUGUCACUCCGCCCGAGAAUGUUUGCAAUAUCCUGAGAUUCAUCGGAUCCCAAGGCACACUCUCCUUUACGGAUAUGCUCUCAGAUGUUAAAAGGUCGCCAGACAUGUCCUCCGCAUCUCCGGAUGGAAAUAUUUCGGAUGGAACCCUCCUUGAGAAGGCCGUCGACUCGCCGUUGAAUGAUUCGUCUUCCGAUGAAUCGUCUUCUGACACCGACCAAUUGACACUUCCCGAAGCGGAUGCGAAGUUGCUCCAAACUCCACCCUCUGAGAAGGCCGCGCAAUCUCAAAGCAGCUCAACAGCGCCCCAUCCCCGCCACUCCCACCAAGAAGUCACCAUCUUCCCGAAACCCGCCGGUCAUUCCCUCUUCUUCGCCCCCUCAACCUCGCGCACCCUCGCCGGCCUCAUCAGCAACUUCCUCUCCACCCACAUCGACCCCCGCCUCUCCCUCGCCUGGCAACUGCAAUACCUCACCACGGAGGGAAAGUGGGACGUCAAGAACCUGGAGAAGUGGAAGGCCGUGCAGCCCGUUUCCGCACCCAUAGCGAAUACCUUCCGCGCCAUGAAGACGCUUCGGGAAGUCGAUGAGCGGCAUUGUCCUAAGCAGUUUGUCAAGGAGUAUUCAGGGCAGAUCCGCGCGGUGGUGGAUAUCAGUCAUGACCAACCGGUGUAUGAUCCAAAGGGCUUGGAGGAGGGAGGGAUCCGGUACUACAAGUUCCCUACUGUGUCGAAGCUACCACCUUCCGCGGAGGAAGCUACUGACUUCAUCGCCCUCAUAGAGCGCAUUGAGGCGGAGAAGGCAGCAGAGGGGCAGCAAGGCCUGAUUGGUAUACACUGCCAUUACGGCUUCAAUCGCACCGGCUUCUUCCUGGUCUGCUACAUGGUUGAGAAGUUGGGGAUGGGGGUCGAGGAGGCGAUCGCCGAGUUCAAACGCGCGAGGCCACCGGGCAUCAGGCAUGCCCACUUCGUCGAUACGCUGCAUGUGAGGUAUCAUUUGGGUUUGGAUGGCAGGUGAAGGGUUUCGGUCGGCGUUUGGGUUUUCUACUGGGGCCAAUGGGAUGGGACUCAGCGUGGUGUUUUUGGCGUUUGGGUGGGGAUGGGUAGAGGAAAUAGGGAAGGGAGUCUAGGCGUAGGUCUCUCCGGGGAUUAGGUAUGGGGAAAUGGGCAGUUUUAGAUCUCUGGGUCGGGAUAUCAAUGCAUCUAUCGUUCUGGUUCGACUACGUUUGUCAAAGAGCUGUGUAGGUGCCCUUCUUGGUUAGCAGAUAGACACGAGGAGUAUCCUCAAGAUGCGUAUAGCCGCUCAUGAAUGAAGGCUAUGGCUGUGAAUGGAAACGUCUCUACUAACGAUGCAAAGUAG